CUAAUGCUUCCAAAACUUUCUUUUAAAAAUACUUGUUUUUAAUAGUGUAUCUACAUUUGUUUUUUUUUUUUUUUUAAAGCUAGAAUAAUGAAAAAUUGUCUUCCACCCAAAAUGACCACUGUUAGAUUUCAUGGAAUUUAUUUUGAGACAACUAUCUAUGCAUAUUUAUGUAGGCAUAUAUGCAGAUGUGUGUAUCACAUUGUAUGUACUGCUUUGUAACUUGCUUUUUUUGCUUAAUAUUGAGAACAUUUGUACAUGACCAUAAAUACUAAUUUGUAUCAUUUUUAUGGCUGUAUAGUUUGCAUUAUAUGGAAUCUUAAUGAUUUUUUUAAGAGUGGUGUAUACUGAGGACCCUUUUGUCUUGUGCUGCAAAUUUUGACCAUCUUGUUAUUAGUUUUUCAACUUUGUUUAUAGUUUUUUUCCUUAUAGAAGUUAAGUUUUAUGAUAUAAACUUGUUUAAUUUUAUAAUUUCUGGUUUUCCUGAAAUGCUUGGAAUGACCUUCCCCAUUACAAGAUAAUAAAAGUACCUCUAUGACAUUGCUUAAUACUUUUAUAGUUUUAUUCUUUGUAUUAAAUCCUUUCUAUCUUGAUUAAUUGGUGUGAGGAAUGUUAGGUUUCUUUAGAGUAUUCCUCUCAACUGCAUUUCUUAAGUUUCUCAUGACACACUCUUCAGGUUAUUGGGCCUGUGCUUUGCAUUUCCUUGCGUCUGUACAUGUAGUCAUCCCAAAACCUCUAAUGCAAACACAGUUUUAAGUAUUUGUAUAUAUUCACUAUUCUCACUGGAUUAGUUAUCUGUAGCCGUGUAUCACCAUAAAUUUAACAGCUUAAAAUACAGACUUUCAUUGCCCCUCCAUUUCUGUGGGUCGGGAGUAGGGACACAACUUUGCUAGGUACUCUGCCUCAGGAUCUCACAAGGUUGUAUUCACAGUGGCAUUUGAGGCUGUGGGCACAUCUGAAACUGGAGUGAAGAUACCUGUUUCCAAGCUCCUAUGGUUUGUGGCAGCAUUUAAUUCCUUGUGGAUCACUGGACUGCAGGCUUCAGUUUUCAUUUAGCAACUUUAGUUUUUUGGCUCCUGAGCUGUCCAAACAUGGCCAUUGGCAUCCUGAAAACUAGCAAGGAUGUGAAAGAAUCUCUUAGCAAGACAGGUGUCACAAUCUUAAUGUAACAUAAUCGUGUAUAUGUAACCCCAUAUAUCCUGUCAUCUUUGCCAAAUUCUGUUGAUUAGAGGGAAGUCACAGGACAGAAGGAGAUCACAGAGGACUGUGAAUAUCAGGAGGCCUGGAUCAUGGGAGGUCACUGUAAACCUGUCCACAUUCACAUAGCCACUGUGGGAAAUGUGCUGCAUUAUACUAAGACAGGUAGGAUGGAUAGCAGGGUUUCAGGCACAACCAGUAAUGGAGAGACAAAACCAGUGUGUCCAGUCAUGGAAAAGGUGGAGGAAGAUGGCACCCUGGAGCGGGGGCAAUGGAACAACAAGAUGGAGUUUGUGCUGUCAGUGGCCGGGGAGAUUGUUGGCUUAGGCAACGUCUGGAGGUUUCCUUAUCUCUGCUACAAGAAUGGGGGAGGUGCCUUCUUUAUCCCCUACCUCAUCUUUCUCUUUACCUGUGGCAUUCCUGUCUUUCUCUUGGAGACUGCACUGGGCCAGUACACUAGCCAGGGAGGUAUCACAGCCUGGAGGAAGAUCUGCCCCAUCUUUGAGGGCAUCGGCUACGCCUCCCAGACGAUCGUCGUCCUCCUUAACACCUACUACAUCAUCGUGCUGGCCUGGGCCCUCUUCUACCUCUUCAGCAGCUUUACCACUGACCUCCCCUGGGGAAGCUGCCUCCAUGAGUGGAACACAGAGAACUGUGUGGAGUUCCAGAAGACCAAUGGCUCCCUGAACGUGACCUCUGAGAAUGCCACUUCCCCUGUCAUCGAGUUCUGGGAGAGGCGGGUCCUGAAGAUCUCUGAUGGCAUCCAGCAUUUGGGGGCUCUGCGCUGGGAGCUGGUUUUAUGCCUCCUGCUUGCCUGGGUCAUCUGCUACUUCUGCAUCUGGAAGGGAGUCAAGUCCACAGGCAAGGUGGUGUACUUUACAGCCACAUUCCCUUACCUCAUGCUGGUGGUCCUGUUAAUUCGAGGAGUGACUCUGCCUGGGGCAGCCCAAGGAAUUCAAUUUUACCUGUACCCCAACCUCACACGUCUGUGGGAUCCCCAGGUGUGGAUGGACGCAGGCACCCAGAUCUUCUUCUCCUUCGCCAUCUGUCUAGGGUGCCUCACAGCUCUGGGCAGCUACAACAGAUAUCACAACAACUGCUACAGGGACUGCAUUGCACUCUGCUUCCUCAAUAGUGGCACCAGCUUUGUGGCUGGGUUUGCCAUCUUCUCCAUCCUGGGCUUCAUGUCUCAGGAGCAAGGGGUGCCCAUUUCUGAGGUUGCUGAGUCAGGCCCUGGCCUGGCUUUCAUCGCCUACCCACGGGCUGUGGUGAUGCUGCCCUUCUCACCUCUAUGGGCCUGCUGUUUCUUCUUCAUGGUGGUCCUCCUGGGACUCGAUAGCCAGUUUGUGUGCGUAGAAAGCCUGGUGACGGCGCUGGUGGACAUGUACCCCGGGCUGUUCCGCAAAAAGAACCGGAGGGAGAUCCUCAUCCUUGCAGUGUCUGUCAUCUCCUUCCUUGUUGGGCUGGUCAUGCUCACAGAGGGCGGCAUGUACGUGUUUCAGCUCUUUGACUACUACGCAGCCAGUGGCAUGUGCCUCCUGUUUGUGGCCAUCUUUGAGUCCCUCUGUGUGGCUUGGGUUUAUGGAGCCAGGCGCUUCUACGACAACAUUGAAGACAUGAUUGGGUACAGGCCAUGGCCUCUGAUCAAAUAUUGUUGGCUCUUUUUCACACCAGCUGUGUGCAUGGCCACCUUUCUGUUCUCCUUAAUCAAGUAUACUCCUCUGACCUACAAUAAGAAGUAUACCUACCCAUGGUGGGGCGAUGCCCUGGGCUGGCUCCUGGCUUUGUCCUCCAUGGUCUGCAUUCCUGCCUGGAGCUUCUACAAGCUCAGCACCCUCAAGGGCCCCCUCAAAGAGAGAAUCGGCCAGCUCCUGUGCCCAGCUGAGGACCUGCCUCAACGGAACCAAGCAGAAACCCACACUCCUGCCACGCCCAGGACAUCCCUUCUCAGACUCACAGAACUGGAGUCUCACUGCUAGAGGAGGGCAGGCCCUUGCAUGAUGUCUGUUUGCCUGGCCGUGGGGACAGCUGUAGGGAUAGAGGCCAGAAGCAGCCCUCUAUACUUUCUGCCCCCCAUCUGUGGCAGAUAAGACAAAGGGGGAUAUUUUGGAACCCACUUUCUGAGAUGGGGGCCUCCUGGCACAACUGCCUUGCCCCAGGGGUGGUCCCACCAGUGUGACAUACCAGCACCAAGAGUACCCCUUUGAGAUGGCUUGGGAAGUGGGUGAGGGUUGGUGGGAGUACGUGUGGCUGGCUGCUGGGCUCUUCCACUCCCCAUGCCAUUAAAUCCGUCUUCUUCCCAUGACCGCUUGCAAUUCAGUCUGGUUUCUGCCCUCUGCCUUGUGCCUUGGCCACCUCCUUACUUUAAAGGUGUGGCUGCAGGGACCCUGCCUCCUCCCACCUUGCCUUCCUUCAGUGAGUUCUCCUUGUGGACCGUGUGGCAGAGGUGACUGCUGUGGCCUAAAGGUGACAGGGCCAGGCUGUCUUCUAUCAUCAGACACUUGGACUGGAGGCUGUCACAUCUCUCUCUGCGCUCCCCACAGAGUUCCUUCCCUCCUCCUCUGCUCUGUGGAAUGAGAAAAGAGGUCCCAGCAGCUCUCU